UCGUCCGAAGCGGCGUAGUUCUCUGAGAAUGAAUAUUUCUCCUUGCUCCCGUGUUAUUUUUGCCGAAUUUAGGUGUAUAUUCUCCGUGAUUGAUUGUGAUAUGUUAGUUUAAGUAUAACGAGGAUGCAGUUACUGUUUUAAAAGUAACUUGACAUUGAGUGUUUCGGUAACUAACUAAUUUAUUUCGUGGUUUAUUGGACAGUGUUCUGUGAAGUGAAUAUUUAAUGUAGCGUCCAGUGGUAAACAUGACUUUGAACAGAAUUGGUUAUAGCGUAAUUUAAUAUCAAAUCGCAUAAUUUUCCUGGAGGAAAGAAGAUAAGACGACCUUCAGGCCGUGUUUAGCCCGACGAGGGUCUUCGCUAAUAUGAAACACUUACAAAUGAAGGAGCGACAAGUCCCCAAGCGAGCGCCUGGUUACAGGCAACACGCCACUGCACACAGCCAGUCGGCACACUGGAGCCUGGAUCGUCACGGCGCAGGCUUGUGGGGAGAGACGCCAACCAGUUCGCGCACAUUAUUGAGGCUAAAAGCAGUGAACGACGCCUCGCGAGACGCUGUUCCCUCAGAGACGCCGCUCGACGGACGUCAGUCUACAACGGCUACUUCAGGCGAGCGAGUGACGCAGGUUCUGCUGCUUGUGAGGGAUCGACUCGUUAACGGAGAGACACUGCCACUGUGUGUCAUCCACUUACGGUGUAAAUGAAGACGAACGGUCGCCCAAUGGAGACGUGGCAACAGCAUACACAAAAUCAACAAUUCAUCCCCAGGCGCGGGUUAUAUAGCUCACAGGCGCCCACAGGACGUCCUUUGGGUAGAAGAAAGGUUCUUCUCACAAAGAUAUUUCAGGGAUUACUCAUCGUUGUGCUGCUCAUUACAAUUGGCAUCAAUGUAAUGUUUAUCCUGGAUACAAGUCGCCGUCUUUAUGAAGAGAAUCCCACAACAGGAGAUGAAAGAGGACUCAUUGAUGGGAGCAGCAGACGGAAGAGUCUCAGACUCCAAGAAAGUCAGCCCAAGUCUCUUGGUAUUGAAGUUGUCUCCAGCCAGUCAAAAGUAUCCGUGUCGGUGGAUGGCACAACGAUCCUGGAGGCUGGAGAAGACCACAAGGGGCGAGGGAUCCACGUGAUUGUGCUGAACCAGGCGAGUGGGAGUGUGAUGGCACAGCGUAAGUUCGAUACGUACUCGCCACACGAAGACGAAGCCAUGUCACUCUUCCUGAACAUGGUUUCUGAUGGCAGAGUCGUCAUAUUCGCCAUAAAGGAUGAAGGAACAUUCCAGAUGAAGCAGCCAGCCAGAGACCUCCUGAAGAGACUGGGUUCAAAGCGAGCGCAGAUAAUUGGAUGGAGAGACAUGUGGGCCAUGGUAACCCAGAAAGGUGCGAAGAUGUUCGGAGAGUCUUACAGCAAGAGUACUGAGUUCAACACCUGGGGAGCUCCUGUAGUUCUUCGUACAGAAAUACCACUCGUUCCUACUGAAGAUAGUGAGUGUGAUUGGGCGGAUAAAGAUGAGAACCGGCGAAGAAGAGAGUUUUGUAAUCAUAUCGAGGGUUAUGGCAGCGUCUGCAGCUGCACGGAUCCUGCGCCAUUGUUGUUUAACCCUGAACCAGUGGAAAAUAAUGAGGUUCAUGAUGUACCAGUGGCUGUCAUUGCAAGCAACAGGCCUCAUUACUUGUACAGGAUGCUGAGGUCUCUUCUCUCUGCACAUGGAGCAAAUCCAGAGAUGAUAACAGUCUUCAUUGAUGGCUACUUUGAGGAACCUCUUGAGGUGACAAAACUCUUUGGACUGCGAGGAAUUCAGCACACACCAAUUGGAGUUAAGAAUGCCAGAAUAUCUCAGCACUACAAGGCUUCUCUCACAGCAACAUUCAACAUAUUUCCCAAUGCCAAAUAUGUAAUUAUUGUGGAAGAAGAUUUGGAUGUGUCUCCAGACUUCUUCAGUUACUUCAGCCAGACUAAGAGACUGCUGGAGGAGGACGAGACACUUUACUGCAUCUCCGCCUGGAAUGACCAGGGUUAUGAGCACACCAGCAGUGAUCCAAGCUUGCUGUACAGAGUGGAAACCAUGCCAGGACUCGGAUGGAUCCUUAAAAGAUCUCUCUAUAAAGAUGAGCUGGAAUCCAAAUGGCCAACACCCGAGAAGAUGUGGGACUGGGAUAUGUGGAUGCGGCUACCUGAGGUUCGGAAGGGCAGAGAGUGUGUGAUUCCAGACGUGUCUCGGACGUACCAUUUCGGUGCUUCAGGUCUGAACAUGAAUUCCUACUUCCAAGACGUCUACUUUAAGAAACAUUCUUUCAAUACCUUGCCAUAUGUGAAGCUGAAACAUGUUGACAGGUAAUGCAUAUUAUUCUUAAUUCAGUUGACAUUCCUCUAUAAUUUAUGGAAACAAAUUAAUAUUCAUACUUUUUGUCACUGUGUAAGAAAGCAUUUUAGUUACUAUGAAGCAAAAGAUAUAGACAUUCAUGUGUAGAGGAAUGCCUCAGUUCAUCUUAACCAGAACACUGCUAAGACUUUAUAAAUUUAAUCCAAAUAACAGUUGUAUGAUAUUCUGUUUGUCUGAUUGUACAGUGACCCCCCCCACCAUGUAAGAUUAUCAGUGACUCAAAACUUUUUCAUGUAGGACAUUGAAAUCUAGGUGAAUGACAUGCUUACUGUAAUCAAUU